UGGUGUGCCUGCUUCCAGUGGUGUGCCAACUUGGAGCACACUCUGACCUGGCUGCCUGGUCCAGGGACUCCUGCCAACACCCACUUCACAGUUCAGAGCCUCAGGUACACGCACACUUACACCUCAGUCCCAUGGUUUCAUUUUUAUAUCCUUCUAGUGUAGCUGCUGAGUAAGUGCUUUCAUUUCAGCUGGUUACGUGGUAAAGGCAAUACUGAAUCACUGCAAUCUAGGACAGGCACACCACUGGUAGAAAUAGAAUGGCGUAACAAAAUGCAUGACAUUACCAGACCACAGCUGUCCCAUUCUCUGGGUAGCGGUCUAGUUGGUAGAGCAUGGCGCUUGCAACGCCAGGGUUGUGGGUUCGAUUCCCACGGGGGGGCCAGUAUGAAAAAUGUAUGCACUCAGUAACUGUAAGUCGCUCUGGAUAAGAGCGUCUGCUAAAUUAUGACAAUGAAAAUGUGGAAAAAGGGGGGAGUGGUCUGAAUACUUUCUGAAUCCACUGUAUCUACUUCAUUUGGAGGUUGUUGUUUUUUACAGUGUAGAGAUACGUCAAAGGACACUGGCUACAUGUACCUAGAAAAGAAAGCAAGUUCUGAGAAUGUGGUCAAACCCACUCACAUUCUCUUUGAAUAGAACCUGAGAAUAACAUCAGGGCAUGGAUGAGAAAGCAGAUCAGUUUCUUUCUAAUAUAAUAAUUGAAUCCGGCACAUUUGUCCUCUCUUGAGGGGUUGUUUACGUCGUACUGCAGAUGUAGAUACAUGUGGUUUUGCUCACUACUUCCUCUCACAAGCACACGGUCUGUUUGAUUUCAAGGAAAGUCAUCUCUCGCUCUAAGAAGUACACCAACACAGGUUCAGGGGGAGGGGGAGGGGACUCUUCAUCUCUAACCCACAGGUUCAGGGGGAGGGGGCUCUUCAUCUCUAACCCACAGGUUCAGGGGGAGGGGACUCUUCAUCUCUAACCCACAGGUUCAGGGGGAGGGGGCUCUUCAUCUCUAACCCACAGGUUCAGGGGGAGGGGGCUCUUCAUCUCUAACCCACAGGUUCAGGGGGGGGGGGCUCUUCAUCUCUAACCCACAGGUUCAGGGGGAGGGGGCUCUUCAUCUCUAACCCACAGGUUCAGGGGGAGGGGGCUCUUCAUCUCUAACCCACAGGUUCAGGGGGAGGGGGCUCUUCAUCUCUAACCCACAGGUUCAGGGGGAGGGGGCUCUUCAUCUCUAACCCACAGGUUCAGGGGGAGGGGCUCUUCAUCUCUAACCCACAGGUUCAGGGGGAGGGGGCUCUUCAUCUCUAACCCACAGGUUCAGGGGGAGAGGACUCUUCAUCUCUAACCCACAGGUUCAGGGGGAGGGGGCUCUUCAUCUCUAACUCACAGGUUCAGGGGGAGGGGGCUCUUCAUCUCUAACCCACAGGUUCAGGGGGAGGGGGCUCUUCAUCUCUAACCCACAGGUUCAGGGGGAGAGGACUUCAUCUCUAACCCACAGGUUCAGGGGGAGGGGGCUCUUCAUCUCUAACCCACAGGUUCAGGGGGAGGGGGCUCUUCAUCUCUAACCCACAGGUUCAGGGGGAGGGGGCUCUUCAUCUCUAACCCACAGGUUCAGGGGGAGGGGGCUCUUCAUCUCUAACCCACAGGUUCAGGGGGAGAGGACUUCAUCUCUAACCCACAGGUUCAGGGGGAGGGGACUCUUCAUCUCUAACCCACAGGUUCAGGGGGAGGGGGCUCUUCAUUUCUAACCCACAGGUUCAGGGGGAGGGGGCUCUUCAUCUCUAACCCACAGGUUCAGGGGGAGGGGGCUCAUCUCCUCAUCGCUAACCCACAGUUUAAUUGUCAAUGUGGUGCAGAUGAAUCUAAUACAAGAUAACAAUGAAUGAGCAAAACCUAAGUCAUAGGACAUCCAUAGCAUUACAGUGUAGCAUUGUAAAAUAUGGCUAUAAACAUUAGCUAUAUAAACAUUGUGACAAUAUCUCUGCUGUUUUGCAGUUCAGCCAGUGGGUCACCUCCACUAAGGAGACUGUGAUUGGGUACCCGGAGUAUUGCGUGACCGUCACCCCGGCUACAUCCUUUAGACCUCACUCUGUCCCCUCUGAGCCCCACUGUGCCUUCACCAGCCCUCCUGCCACCAGCACAGGUAACGUACCAGGACCUAACAGCACAGCUAAGACCACACAGUGUAGUACAACAUAGCAAUACAGCACAUGUAAAUCCGUUAUACACAACCAGACAUCAUUUUACAUCAGUGUUUACAUUAUAGCCCCCAACCCUUGGUGUCUGUCUGUCCCUCAGUGUCUGUGGUACUGAGUGUACUGUGUGCAUUCAGCUUCCUGGUGGCGCUCUUCUGUGGAGUUGUGGUCUACAGUGGUCACUUGCACAAAACUCUCCUCAAAACACUGGUGCUGUUGCCACUUUAUUCAGCUGUACACUGAAACUUUGAGUUAAAUUCAAUACAGAUGUAUUUAUUCACAUUGGGGGGAAAGAAAAUUCCAUCAAUAUCAUUAUAAUGAUUCUAAUAUAUCCCCUCCUGUCUCUAAUCUCUGAUUGCAGCCCUCUGUUCCCUGCUAUGGUGUUGGUUAGUCACCCCCAGAUGACCCCCAGCAUGACCCCUUCAACCUGCUCUCAGGCCUGCCUCUGGGGUCCCCUAGACUGGGGUUGGACCCCCAUUACAUUCAGUCUGUCACUCCCAGACCAGACACCAGGGAGGAGAUCUGUCCCAGACCAGACCAGACACUGAGGAGGAGAUCUGUCCCAGGGCCAGACCAUACACCAGGGAGGAGAUCUGUCCCAGGGCCAGACCAUACACCAGGGAGGAGAUCUGUCCCAGACCAGACCAUACACCAGGGAGGAGAUCUGUCCCAGACCAGACACCAGGGAGGAGAUCUGUCCUAGACCAGACCAUACACUGAGGAGGAGAUCUGUCCUAGACCAGACCAUACACUGAGGAGGAGAUCUGUCCCAGACCAGACCAUACACCAGGGAGGAGAUCUGUCCCAGACCAAACCAUACACCAGGGAGGAGAUCUGUCCUAGACCAGACCAUACACUGAGGAGGAGAUCUGUCCCAGACCAAACCAUACACCAGGGUGAUCUGUGGAGGAAUAAGAUGAAGGCUAUGGAC